AUGGCUUCAAAGCUACAUCACAUCCCCGUCCUUCAGUUUCCUCAUCAGUACAAUGUGGAUAACAAAACCAGCCUAGCUCCCGGCUGGGACGAGGGAGAGAGCUCCCAGCUCUCCAGAGAUCCAAGGAAAGGCAGAUCCCGAGAGGUGCCCGCGCAGGUGAGGAAUCACUUAAAGCGACAGAGACGUGCCAUCGCAAGUGAUGGGACGGUGGAUGAGAACCAGGAGGAGAAUUCUCAGCAGGAAGCGCAGGCCAGAGAGGCUCAGAGAAAUGGUCAAUCAACCCAGCGUGGAGGAAGUCCAAAGGGACUUGGAGACGCAACAAAGACCCCUCCGGCACUGAACGCCUGCUGCCCCGACUGCAGUAAAAGCUUCCACCGUAGCUCAAACAUCGUCCAACAUCAGAGGACCCACACGGGUGAGCGACCCUACUGCUGUGCCGAGUGCGGAAAGAGCUUCAGCUACAGCUCCUCCCUCGUCAAACACCAGAGGACCCACACGGGCGAGCGACCCUACAAGUGUCCCAAUUGCGGGAAGGGCUUCAGCCAGAGCUCCAACCUGACAGAGCACCAGAAAACCCACAGCGCUGCCACACCGUACACGUGCCCCGACUGUGGGAAAGGCUUCAAGGUGAGGUCCAACUUCCUCCACCACCAGCGGGUGCAAACUGGGGAGCGGCCCUACCGGUGCACCGAGUGCGGGAAAGCCUUCACCCAGAGCUCCGACCUCAUGAAACACCAGCGGAGCCACACGGGCGAGAGACCCUAUCAAUGCCCUGACUGCGAGAAGCGCUUCACCCGCAACACGUACCUGGUCCAGCAUCGCUGGGCCCACACCGGUGAGCGCCCCUACCUCUGCCCUGACUGCGGGAAGGGCUUUGUGGUCAGCUCACGCCUCCUUGCCCACCAGAGGGUGCACACGGGAGAGACGCCCUACUGCUGCGCCCAGUGUGGGAAAGGGUUCAAGGUGCGGGCCAAUCUCCUGCACCACCAGGGGAUCCACACCGGGAACAAGCCUUUCAAAUGCCCGGAGUGCAAGAAAAGCUUCAGUCGCAGCUCCGACCUGCUCAUCCACCAGCGACUGCACACUGGGGAAAGGCCCUUCAAAUGCACCGAGUGCGGGAAGGGCUUCAGCCGCAGAUCGGACCUGGUGACGCACCACAGGAUCCACACAGGCGAGAAGCCCUACACAUGCCCCGAGUGUGGAAAGGGCUUCACGCAAAGGUCCCACCUGGGGGUCCACCAGAGAACCCACACCGGGGAGAGGCCCUGCCAGUGCGCGGACUGCGGGAGGAGCUUCAGUCAGAAAUCAGCCCUGGCUAAACAUCAGAGAGUGCACCUGGCAGAGAGGCACGAUCCACAGCCCUGA